AUGUUGGAUGUUGGGAAGAAGGUUGGAGCUAGCUCACUUAUAGUUAGUCUUAGAGCAUUAGCAAUGGGGAGCCCUAAGGCCCAAGAAAAUGGCCCACCAAACAAUACUAUCUUCUUUCCUAUCGGUAUAUUCUCCUACUUCUUAUCUCUUUUCUCCUUCCUCCCAACUUCCCCCAAAUUGAGAAAUCCUUCAUCCCUCGUCUCUCUCUCGACAAAAUUGAAGAAACUCUCAAUCCGGCGUCGCCUCCUCCGAUUCCGCCAGCCACCGCCGCCGAUCGUCCUCAGCGUCCAGCCACCGCCGCCGUCGUCCAAUCCGUCGCUCUCCAAACUCGCCCAGCCACCACCGCCGUCAGCAGCUCCAACCACCGUCGCAGUUAGCAGCGCCCAGCCAUCCUCAGCUCCACCGCUCGCCGUCGCCAUCGACUCUUCCUCUCUUUUCUCCCCUCUCUCUCUUCUCUCCCUCUUCUCUCUUCUCUCCCUCGGCUACCCCUCUCCUCUCUUCUUCUCUUUCGGCUCUGCCGCCGCCGCCACUGUGCAUGCACAGGUGGCGGCUUCUGCCUCCUCGCCUCGCCGUUUCUGCACACGGCGGCAGCCCACCGCUGCUGUCCCCCUCUCCGUCGGUUCUCACCGUCGCCAUAUCGACAAGAAUUGCCAAGAUUUUAUUGAAAGACAUAAUAGGGGUGUGGGCUGCCCUCGUUGUCUCCGGGCUGCCGAGCUCGCUGCCAAAAUCCGGCAGAUUCAUAGAGGUAUAAUCGUUUCAAGUUCGUGGCCGUUCGCGUUGAAGUACCCGUUUUCUUGAAACAUACGAUGUAUAAAUUAAAUUUUCGUUGGACUUUUGUUGGAUGUAUCGGACAUUUAACAUUUUAUAAUUUUUGGGAUCUUAUUUAUUUAUUUAUAUAAUUUCUUUUUUUUUUAUUCA